AUGGCCACAUUUAGCGAAGACGGCUGUGUCAUGACCGACCAUGGCACCAGUUACACCGAGCUUCGUUGGCAAGAGGGCGAGUUCGCCCACUUCACUUUUCUUAUCGAGUUGGGAAACUACGAAACCAACUGCAGACUUAAUGCCCAGGGCAUUUAUAACCUUAAGCUUCAGAAUUACAGCGACGCCUACCAGCAGCAAUGCCUCGCCGAGGAGGCCAUGGCCAAGGAAAAGGCUGAAGCUGAGGAGGCUGCCUUAAAGAAGCUUUUCAGAGAGAAGCGGUUGCAAAGACAGAAGAAGGCAGCCGAGGAAGCCACCAAGGCUGCUGAAACCACUCCAGCCGCUGCCGACGAGUCCAUCAUUGCCAAAUCUCCAAAGGAAAGUGUCUCUCCGGCUCCACUUGAUGCCAGCACCGCUGACACCACUCCAGAGCAGGCUACUCCCAAAAUGAAGACCGUCCAGCACGGUACUCCUUUGGAUAUCAACGACCUCUUUGCCCAAAUGGCCAAGGAGAAUGCUUCAAGGUCUAACCUGGUCGCCAGCACUCCUCUGCCUGGUUCUCCUGCUAGAACACUGGCUGUAUCUAUUGACGACCUUUUUACAGCUGCUGCUCAGGAAGCCCUGCAACACCAACCUUCCACACCACCACCAGUCCAACAUUCUCCCGGCAAGAAGUUGGAUUUGACCCAGCUCUUUGCUGCUGUUGCCGCCGAGAAUGCUUCUUCUUCGGAUACCCUUCCUGUUCCAGAGAAGAUCCACCCUCAGCCCGUGGCCUCGAAGGACAUCAACCAUGAGGACUAUACCACUCCAACCAGCAGUCCUAGAUGGAAGCCGGUUGAUAUCAAGUCUCUCUUGACGCCUUCGCCAAAGGAAACUUUACUUCCAGCUUCUGCAGCUGCCUCAGACCUGGUCCUGUUGCCUUCUACACCAACUAAGUUCCAGUUUCGCCCAUGGCACUUGAGAACCACAAGCGUCGCCGGCGCCUUCUUGCCCAACGCUGCCUUCUUCCAUUCUUUGCAAACUUGUGACGAUGGCGAUGAAGAUUCUGAAGAGGAUGACGUGUUCUUUACUCCUUGUCUGACAGACACCUUCUCAGACCCCAAGUCUCUGUACUUGCCUAGUGACUUUCCCUUCUUCAGACACUUGCCCAAGCAGUCUAAUGCUCUCUUGCCUGGCGAUUUCCCCAUCUUCAAGCAUUGGAGUCAGAAGACCCACGAGGCUUUCUUGCCAGAGGACUUUCCUUUCUUUAGGCACUUGUCUAGUAAGAGCCAUGCUUCCUUCUUGCCUGGAGACUUUCCCAUCUUUAGGCCUUUGUCGGAUAAGCAGGCUCCUUGCUACUUGCCUGGGGAUUUCCUCUUUUUCCGUCACUUGACGCCAAAGUGCCAUGCUUCUUUCUUGCCUGGAGACUUUCCUUUCUUCAGACACCUGUUGCAGAAGCACCACUCUCUGUACUUGCCAGGCGACUUCCACUUCUUUAGAAAGUUGUUCAAGGCCCCUCAAGAGUCAUUCCUUCCACUGGACUUCUUCAAGUACAAGGAGCUUACCAAUGAAAAGCACCCUGCUGUGUUCUACCUCAAUGACUUCCACAAUAUCUGGCGCUUCCUGCCAGAGACAUCCAGUCAGAGCACCGUGCCUUCAUUUGGGUACUCAACCACAACCAUCCGCCCUUCCUUUGGCCUUGAGUUUAUUCUCCAGGCCCCAUCACCCGCAUACCUCAGAAAGAGGUCUUGUUGCAGCCAUUAA